AUGGCGAUCGCAGGCAUAAUGGAAGAGCCGAAGGAUGCGCUGAACGACGGCAAAGCGCUGGCCAAUCCCACCGAAAAGGACAUCGAAGGCUCGGUGCCUGAGUCCACCCCUGCACCUUCGGAGCUGGAACCGGUGGUGACACUUAAGACGUGGAUCGUUGUUUGCUUCCUGUCCUUCGGGUACGGUCUAUGCUUCUGGCCUGUCCCCACAGCAGCGGCUGUCGGAACUCUCGUGUCGGCUGACUUCGGGCAACCCAAUGCCUACGUGUGGUUCGUCCCAGCCUGGACCAUCUCUGUCACCAUCUCGUUCAUGAUUGGAGGAGCGAACACGGAUCUUCUGGGACGGCGCUGGUUUCUCGUGGGCGGCAAUCUCCUCUGUGUCGUAGGUCAUCUUAUUGCGGGGGCUUCCAAACAAACGGGAAACCCCAACAUGAUCACCGCCGGGAUGGCUUUGGCUGGGUUCGGCGGAGGGUUCUGUCAGAUGGCAGCAUUCGCCCUCCCGGAGCUCCUCCCCAACAAAUGGCGACACAUCGGCAUCAUCAUCGCCGACGGCACCGUCUACAUAACCAUCCUGAUCGCGCCCAUCACCGCACGCUACAGCUACGAGUUCGCCAACUGGGAGUGGAACUUCUACGCCCCCGCCAUCUUCCAAUUCGCCUCCUUCCUCGGCCUCUUCUUCCUCUACUUCCCGCCCGCACACCCAUCCGGCCUGCCCCUCCUCCAAGCCCUCAGAAAAAUCGAUUACAUCGGCAUCCUCCUCUUCACCACCAGCACCGUCCCCAUCCUCACCGGCAUCGUCUGGGCCGGCAUCCACCCCGCGACCUCUCCCCACGUCCUCGCCUCCCUCACCAGCGGCUUCGCCCUCCUCCUCCUCUUCGGCCUCUGGGAAACCUACGGCCAGACCCCUCACCCCCUCGCGCCCACGCGCAUCUUCGCCGCGGGCCGCGGUCGCGACUUCACCGCGCCCGCGCUCGCGCUCAGCAUCACCAACAUGUUCUACUACUCCAGCAGCAUCCUCUGGCCGACGAUGACGACCGUGUUCUAUACGAGUGGCGGCGCCGAUUGGGUCCGCGCGACGGUGCUGACGCUGCCGCAGGGGAUGGCGAUUUGUGGCGGGGCGGCGGGGUUGGCGGCGUUUGGGGCGCGGAUUCAUGGGGUGGGGAUCGGGUGGCGGUGGCAGUUGGUCGCGGCGACGGUGGUGGUGGUGGUGUUUGGGGCGUUGUUGGGGCUGGCGACGCCGACGAAUAUGGGCGUCAUGUGUGCGUUUUUGGUGGUGUCGCAGACGGCGUUUGCGUGGGCGGUGCCGUUGAGUAUCAUGUUGUCGCAGUUGGGGGUGCGGCAUGAGGAUUUGGGGAUCAGUGGGGGGGUGUCUGGGUCGUUGCGGUUUGCGGGGAGUGCAGUCGCGACGACGGUGUAUCAGACCAUCUUCAACAACGAGGUCGCCAAGUGGACGCCGAAGCUCGUGGUGCCCGCCGCGCUGGACGCCGGGCUCGACCAGGCGCGGUCCGCGGAGCUGCUCGCCGUCGUCGGCACGUCGCAGCUCGCGACGGCGUCCUUCUCGCCCGCCGUGGUGGCCGCGGCGUCCGAGGCGCUCAAGUGGGCGUACUGCAAGGGCAUCUUCGUGGUGUCCAUGUCCUCGAUGGGGUUCGGCAUCGUUGCCAUCAUCGCCUGCCUGAUGUGCAAGGACGUCGAGUCCAAGAUGACGAAUACGAUUGAUGUGUAUCUUGAGAAUGACGAGUUUGCCCAUAGGAACAAGGUUCAUUAG